AUGGUAUUCCAAUGAUCACAAAGCUAACAGCGUUGACAUCCAAGAGUAUAMGUAUUGACUGGCAGUUUACUCAAAGUGAUAAAGUCAACGGACCAAUGGUUGGGUUCAGGAUAACAUACGGAAAAGARGGAGGAGCAACAAAUAUGAUUGACAUUGGAGAUAUUCGAAGCUACAACUUGACAUCUUUGGAAAAGAACACAAACUACAAAUUCAAUGUUUCUGUGAGGAAUACACAGUAUGUUGGCCAACCAAGUGUGGAAGCAGAAACAAGAACACUGGAAGAUGCGCCGGAGUGUGCACCAGUCCUGAAGUCAGUUCAAAGUCUUUCAUCCAACAGUGUUCUGCUUAUCUGGUCAUCACUUCAAAAUCUUAAGUGUACUAAUGGUGUCUUACGAGGGUAUAAAGUUGUUUACAGGGAAACAAGAAAUGACUCACUGCCUUUACAAGUAYAUAUGGUUAACAUCCCUUCCGCCAUAACAACAGUAGUACCAGGACUCGUUCAAUCUGUGGAGUAUGGGUUCCAAGUUCGGGCGUUUACUGUGAAAGAUGGAACACUCAGUAACUCACUGUUGGCAACUGCUCAGCCAGUAGGUAACCUUUCCAUUGUWAGUGAGAAAAUGAAACCUUUAGUCAGGGCUGCCAUUGGUGAAAAAGUCAGUAUUGGUUGCUAUGCGACCGGCGCCCGACCGAUCAGCUACAAUUGGUUGAAGAAAGAUGCAYCAAUGGACAGUUCAUCCAUAAACGUCCUGCAUAACUUCUUAUUAGUUGAAAUCAAGUCUGAAUUGGACUUCGGAGUGUAUCUGUGCAACGUGACUAACAAUAAUGGCGAGGCAGUUUCGUAUAAGGUCAGGAUUGAACAGCUGGAAAUCUGUGAGCAAAAUGGAGGCAGUGGUAAUGUUACGAUCUUAAGAGACAAAAUGACUUCCAUAGUGAAGGCAGCCUUAAAURAAAGAGUUGUUCUCAGUUGCUAUGCAACCGGAUCUCCACCAAUCAGAUACAUCUGGACRAAGGAUGGUUCYUCKAUCAACAGUUCAUCCAUAARUGUAAUAGGCAACACAGURAUUGUCGAUACAAAGACCGCAGGGGAUUAUGGGACAUAUCUUUGCCAAGCAACAAAUGGUAACCAAACAGCUUCUUAUGAGAUUAAACUUAAGCUUUCGGAAAUAUGCCAAAAAAGACACAAUUCAACUCAACAAGGCAAGUUACGAAUCUUAACCAAUCUGAUGAUGCAGUCAGUGAAUGUUGCUAUUGGAAACAGAGUGAGCAUUGGUUGCUACGCAACCGGGGUUSCACCAAUUAGAUAUACUUGGACAAAAGAAGGGAUUCCAGUGAACCCUUCUGCAGUCAUACCAAAUAUUUUGGUUGUAGAGCCCAAGACGUCAAUAGAUUAUGGGAACUAUUUGUGCAAUGUGUCAAAAGGAAAUGAAACAGAUUCAUACUCCAUACAAGUCAAGCCUUUAGAAAAAUGCGAAUCCUGCCCCGAGUCAGACAGGAACCAAACACAAGGAAACCUUCAAAUUUCAAGAGAAAAAAUGAUGCCAUUGAUUAGAGCGAGGUAUGRGGACAAAGUUAGUCUUGGUUGCUAUGCAAACGGAGCUCCUCCAAUCAAAUACAGCUGGACAAAGAACAAUCAUUCAAUAGUAAAUUCAGAAACGAUUAAAGUUUUAGAAAACGUCGUGGUUGUACGUCCCAACACAGCUGCAGAUUAUGGGACGUUCGUAUGUAGUGUGUCCAAUGGAAGAGAUACAGCAUCGUACGUUAUCAAAUUAGAGCACUUGGAUAUYAAUGGUAGUGGAAAUGCCAGUCUGAGCCAAAGUGUACAAGACUUCAAGACCACAUAUCUGCCAAUUAUACUCGUCUUGGCGAUAUUUAUCAUAAUAUUGUUCAUAAUUAUCAUCGUCUUCUUGGUUCGGCGGCGACAACGAAAAGACAACGAUUCUACAAAACCUGAUUCUUACAUGAAAAUGGACGAAAUUAUUCGAUCACGAAACGAGUCAGCACGAAAUGUCGAUGAAUCGCUGCCACCAAUACCUACAAUUUCUACAGCAAGCGCCAGCAAUACACAGACAGAAUCUCACUAUGAUAGUAUUGAUUGUGGUUAUGUGAAUGCUGCAGCAUUGACAAAGASAGAUGAAACAAAUGUUUAUACCUUGUAGAACAGUAGAGCUUAAGACUUGAGCUUGGAUGGGUAAUUGAUGAAAAUACUUACGAGGGAGGCUUUUAGUAUAAACAAAUAGUUUGAACACUUUUCUUAGGCCCCGUCCACACUAUGCCGGAUGAAUUUGAAUCCGAAUUUUUAUUUAUUCGGUUGGGCCUACCGUCUACACUAGUCCGGGCGAAUCCGGAACAA